AGGCCCCGCCCUUCCGCAGCGGCCGCCCCUCCCGCGCUCCCGCCCCGCGCUCCUCCCGGACGGACGGCCCGAGGCUGGCGGCGGUCCCCCGGGGCCCAUGGCGCUGCCCGCCUGGCUGCAGCCCAGGAACAGGAAGAAUGCCUAUCUUUUCAUCUACUACUUAAUCCAGUUCUGUGGCCACUCAUGGAUAUUUACUAACAUGACAGCCAGAUUCUUUUCCUUUGGAAAAGAUUCAAUGGUUGACACUUUUUAUGCUAUUGGACUUGUGAUGCAACUUUGCCAAUCCAUCUCCCUCUUGGAGUUGCUGCACAUUUAUGUUGGCAUUGAAUCAAACCACCUUCUCCCUAGGUUUCUGCAGCUCACAGAGAGAAUCAUCAUCCUGUUUGUGGUGAUCACCAGUCAAGAGGAAGUCCAAGGGAAAUAUGUUGUGUGUGUUUUAUUCAUCUUCUGGAAUCUAUUGGACAUGGUCAGGUACACUAAUAGCAUGUUAUCAGUCAUAGGAAUUUCCUAUGCUUUCCUGAAAUGGCUCAGUCAGACCCUCUGGAUGCCGAUUUACCCGUUGUGUGUUCUUGCUGAAGCAUUUGCCGUCUACCAGUCGCUGCCUUAUUUUGAGUCAUUCGGCACUUACUCCACAAAGCUGCCCUUUGACCUAUCCAUCUACUUCCCCUAUGUGCUGAAAAUAUACCUCAUGAUGCUCUUUAUAGGCAUGUAUUUUAUCUACAGCCAUCUUUACUCAGAAAGAAGAGACUUCCUCAGAGUCUUUCCCAUUAAAAAGAAGAACCUGUGAGCAGCAUGCUGCUGUGACGUAAGGACAAAGGCCGAGGACUCCGCUGCAGACACACCGCAGGAAGCGGGGAAGACGGAGUGUGAGACAGAAACCCAUCACGUGACCUCCUCCCGGCAGCCUGUGGUUCUCUCACGUCAUGUUUUCAAACAGACUCUGAACAACCUGCUUCUCCAAAGCUGUGGAUUUAGACAAGUUUAUAUUGUCUGAAGCCUGAUACUUUCCUGUAAGGGUAAUGAGAAAUAGAUUCAACUAACGUGAGAUGUAGUUUUAACAACUUUGGUUUCUUUUCACUUCAGAAUUCCCCGGUAGCAGCAAGUCUGCAGGAGGGAGCGCUGUGAGGGAUGGUCUGCAGGGUCCACAGUCACAGUUUGUACACGUCACUGUUCCCAGAGGUAACACUGGUCAGAAACACUUAGAAAAGGAAAAUAACUCCCCACAUUCCUUACAUUGAGAUAAAAGCUAAGAAAAUUAAGAACCAGUCAUGUUUCAAAUCAUGUAUUAUUGAACUACUAUUAAUUACUCUAAUGUUAUAAGUCAUCACUUACUAGUAUAGUUUUGAAAAUUGAUCCUUUCUUUGAAGAUUUAUAAUAUAUAUGAAUAACUGAUUAAUGGAAUAAUUUCUGAAUCACUGGUAUAUUAUUCACUUUUCUUGAAAUAAUUAUAGAAUCGUAUUGUCCAGCAACUAUAUAAAAAGGGUACUAAAUAUUUUGUUACAUAAAAACCAGGUAGUAAAAAUGUAAUUAAAAAAAUUAAUUUUACACCAUAAAUAAAUCAAAGAAACUAUAAAUUUAAUGUCAUAUUUAGAAUUUUAAGUAUUAAGAUUACCCUUUUUAAAAAGCAACAUUUUGCUUUUAAAGGUGCUUAUUUUACUUCUAAAUUAAAAAAAAGUUACUGUGCAAAUACUCCCUUAGUGUGCAACUGGAGGUGACUUAGUCUAGCUCCCUCCCAAUAAAAAUGGCCACAUACAUUGCUGAAAUAUUCAUCUAGAAUCACUAAAACAAGAACUAGAGAAACUAUAUAUAACUUUAAUUUUUUAAAAGCAAAUUACCUGAAGAACCUUCCUACUUCUUAAAAUAUUAGACCAAAAAGAAACAGAAGUAAAAUUAUAAUUAUGGUAAUUUUGAAACAGAAUAAGGAUUGACAAUUUGAGAUAUGUGCAGCAAUUGUAACAAAAAAUUCUGUAAUUUUCUAUGGUGACAUUGUCACAAAUGUUAGUAUUAUUGUGGUUGCUUAUAUUAUACUGAAUUUCACUAGAGAUUAGUGGAAGAAGAAAGCAUCCUUAAAUUCAUGUUCCCCAGGUUAAGAAACCAAGAGCGUAACCAUCUAAUUAAUUGGCUGUUACCAAGAUUGAGAAAUUUAUUUCUUUGGCUAUUUUAACUCUGUGUCCAUCAAAUCUCUAUUGUAUUUUGUUCAGUGUGGUGAAAGCGCUUCUCUAAUAUAAGAACCAUUAGAUAUUUUCAAAGCAUAAGAUAUAACUUCUAAAUGAACUUUCUUUGAGUAAUAUACUUGGCAUUUGAAACUCCAAAGUUCUAAACAACAGUGUCUAAUAUCAGAGUCCUGAGCUUUUCCUUUAUCAAAGUAGUUGUAUACAGAACAAAGAACACUUCUUCCCAAUAUCUUCGUUCAGUUUUAUUUUACUAUAGUAUGCUUGUCAAAAAGCACUGCUAUUCUGGUCUUAGCUUUUGAUUCAAUAAACAGGUCACCUUAGUAGAGUGAGUCGGCUGUGUACACAUGCCUAUGUACACUCAAGAAACAUAUUGUGCCAACAAUGUACCAAUCAUAGGUCAACACGAUAAAAUCUUUUCCAAGUUUGUAUUAAAGAAGGUACCACAGCUCACUAAGGUACCACAGCUCACUAAAGUCCCUAAGAAAGUUGGUAAUUUCUGUUUUACUAUAUCAUACUCUGCCUCUGAAGAGCAAAUUGUCACACAAAAGAAUCUGUUUCUGAAGUAGCUAGAACAUCAAGUUUAAAUGUUUCUCUGAAAAAACGUGCACUUAAAAUUUACGCGCAAAGACCACAGUUACAUUUUAUUUCAUUGUGCUAAAGUAUUGAAGUGAUUUAAAUAAAAAUGACCUUUCCUUUCCCA